UCUCCUUCUCUCUUGGAAUCAACAAUGGAGACAAAGGCCGACGGGACCCAUGGAGAGAUCUCUAGACUAGAAGAAGGUGACGCCGGCGUUCCCUCCGGCCAAGAGUCCAAGAGCAGAUUUGGCUUUUGCACCUCAACCUCAGUUAUCACCAUGACCCAGAAGGUGGUUGCUGAGGUGAUCGGCACAUUCUUUGUGAUCUUCUCAGGCUGCGGAGCCGUCGUCGUCAACAAGCUCUACGGUGGCAAAAUUACGCAUCCGGGCGUCUCUGCGACGUGGGGUUUGACAGUGAUGGUCAUGGUCUACUCAGUCGGCCAUAUUUCUGGCGGCCACUUCAACCCUGCCGUCACCAUUUGCUUCGCCGCAUUCCGCCAGUUCCCAUUGUGGGAGGUGCCUUUCUACAUAGUGGCUCAAUUAAUGGGUUCGAUCAUUGCGAGUGGGACUCUUGCCCUCAUGUUCAGCGUAACUCACGAAGCUUUCUUUGGUACCGUUCCGGCGGGAUCUGAUGCCCAAUCUUUUGUAAUCGAAAUCGUCAUCUCUUUCCUUCUUAUGUUCGUCAUCUCCGGCGUUUCCACAGAGAAUACGGCGGUAGGAGACCUGGCCGGAGUUGCCAUUGGAAUGACGAUAAUGUUAAACGUCCUGGUCGCCGGGCCAGUUUCUGGAGCGUCGAUGAACCCGGCAAGGAGCAUUGGACCGGCCAUUGUGAAGAGUGUUUACAAGGGGCUGUGGGUGUACAUAUUGGGGCCAGUGAUCGGAACCCUAGCCGGACGAUUUGCUUAUAACUUGAUCAAACUGACUGAUACCCCUAUGCGUGAAUUGACAAAGAGCUUCUCGAAAGUCUAGCCCCUGGUAGUUGGUAGCUGAAACAGUGCGUGUAAUUAUAUUAUUAGGUCAAUUAGGCAAUUAGGCCGGAAGAGAUGAAACACGUGAUGGAAAUGUUUCGGUGCG